AUGCCGUGGAUCAAUGUCGCUCAGUCCUACGACUCAUGGUACAGUGGCGAGAAUCCUGGACAGCAGAUCCCAGUAGCCAUUGUGCUGACAGCCAUGACGACAGGCUUUGCAGAGCCCUUCUCCGAUGGAUCCUGGUCGGAUAAUGCCCGAAGUCUUUAUUAUUGUAAUUCAGGCAAUUGUACGUUCGGGGCGUACAGUACACUGUCAAUCUGUUCGCGGUGCGCCGACAGCUCUUCCGACAUUGUGACCAACGGCGAUGUCGCUGCGUUAUCAGAUGGCUCUCUGGUCCUAGGAGCAUCAGCCAUUGUGAACAUGACUUCGGACACAUUGUACCCGGAUGCCAAGAUCCUGUCUAAUGUUGGACCUUUGAUCGUAAGGUACCGAGCCAUAGCCUGGGGAUGGGGCAACGUCGCACCAGCUGCAACCGAGUGCGUAGCAUACUGGUGUGUGCAGAGCGUGAACGGAACUGUAACGAACGGUGUGCUUAACGAGACCGUGUUCGAGACGUCCACCAACUUAUCACGAUCAGCGCGGACAUCGUACGAAGCUGCGAAUGAUAUCGUUAUGACCACAUCGACAUGCUGGCAGAACAACAGUAGAUUUAGCGACCUGGACACUUGUUCCUUCCACGUCUCAACGAGUGCUCAGCGUGGUCUGCAGAACUUCCUCACUGUCGGAGCUUUUGAAGGUCCGGCUUUCUUGAGCGGCUAUCAGGAGAAGAUCGGGAACGACUCGAGUCGCUGGCGCACGACUUCCUCCGCAGCGCAAAUGCUCGGGCAGCCAUGCACGUACGUCACAGCGCAGAACAGCGGCCGGUGUAACGACGCGAUGUACGCCGGCUUAGCUGAGGCCUUCCAGACGAUGUCCGCGUACCUGAGCCAUGCUAUCAGACUCGUGGCAAGAGAGGGUACCCAGUUAUCAUUUGGCGAAUCUUGGUUCUCAGACUUCAGAUUUUGUAUAAGAUGGCUUUGGAUUCUGUACACAGCCACAGUGGUUCUCUUAGCGUUGGCCUUCGUGGUCAGCACGAUCGUUGUGAACCAUGGACAGAAGCGUUGGAAAGGGUCGAUCCUGCCCGCAAUCUUCCAUGGGAUCCGUGACCUAGACGAGCAGGAAUACCAGAGGUUGGCCGAUCCACCAGCAAUGCGGCAGGAAGCAGACCAAAUGAUGGUGACACUUGCAGAGUGGCGUAGUGGUUUCCAUCGAGCGUAG